CGCUCAUCUCACUGUCGUUGUCAAUAUCGCCAAUAUUGUUGUCUUGUCGUUGAUGUCGCUCACUCAUCACCGCUGAGCUCCUUCCUAGGUUGGCUUGUUUUGGACCCAGGCAAGUGCGACUGACUCCGCUGGCUGGUUCCUGCCUUGUCGACUCAACUGAAGCCUUUGUUGAUUUCCUCCUCCACUCUCUCUCUAUCAGCAGAACUCUUCCAUCAUGUCGGACCUGGUUGAGUUUGACAUCAAUGAGUCUCUGAAACUCUACCUGAGCGAUGCAGGAUCCAUUCCGACCCCAGAAGCACACCCCGAUCUACUCGAGUGCGAACAUGACCCAGACUCCCUUUCAUCAGCUGUAGUCGAUGCUGCAUUAGACCCAGCACUGGAUUUGAUCUCUGAAAGCCCCGAGGGGGUACUGAGAAGUUCUGCAUUCGACACUCUGCAAUUCCUCUUAAAACAAUCCACAAACUUAUCCGCGCACUCAUUAAGCAAGAUCUUUCAUCUGAUUGUUUCGGGCCUUUCUACUGCCGCCGACAUCGCAAACCAUGAUAUUGAAAACGAUGAACAAGAAACCCUCGUUCACCACAAAAUCCUGCUCGAAGCAUACGCAUUCCUUCUCCAAUGGGCCAUAGCUGCGGUCGAGACAAAAGCUGCCGAGAAAGCGCAUGCUGCGCCCGCCCGUCGAGCGACAAAGGGCGCCAAAAAGUCAGUAGCCAAGGACGAUGUUUGGGAUUCCGCCGGUCAGAUCCAAAGUGCCAUGGAUGUUAUGUGUCGAGUGAUGAAGUUGAAGCUCAAUCGCAUCUUCCAAACCACCUCUGAUCGAGAUAAUUUUAUCAACCUUUUUACGAGAUCAGUAUACCUCAUCAUGGAGACUGAAGCAAGAGUCAAAAUCACCGCAGUCCGAAUGUUCUCUUUCAAGGUCUUGUGUGUUGCUGUUAAGCAUCAUGGCCACGCCCUUGGAGCCCAGACUUCGAUCGUCCAGAAUCUUACAUACUUUGAGCACCUUUCCGAACCCAUGGCAGAGUUUCUCCACAUUCUCUCGGAGCAGUACGACUACCAUCAACUAUCGGCAGAGAUAUUAAGAGAACUGGCGGCAAAGGAGUUUAGCCAAAGUGACACCAAAGGCCCCAAAUCUGUGUCGGCUUUUAUAGUCAAACUUUCCGAGUUGGAACCACGGCUGGUGAUCAAGGAAAUGGGUCUUCUAGCCAAGUUCCUCGACAGCGAGGCUCACACAUUGAGGUGUGCUGUCAUUGAAGUCUGCGGCAAUCUUCUUGCCGAUUUGAGCAAGCAAGAAGAAAAGAGCGAAACCACAAAGAUCCAGAUAAAUGCCUUUUUCGACACUCUGGAGCAGAGAUUCCUAGACACGGCGCCAUUCUGUCGAGUGAGGACCAUGCAAGUCUUCAUGAAGAUCUGUGAGUUGGAGCAAAAGUUUCCUAAGAGGAGACAGCACGCCACAGAACUUGCCAUGCAGAGCCUCCAAGACAAGAGCAGUAACGUGCGGCGAAAUGCUGUCAAGCUACUGAAGAAAUUGGUGUCUUCUCAUCCUUUCAGUCUAAUGCAUGGUGGUCAACUCUCACACAAGGAGUGGACAGACAGGCUUGAGGCAGUCGAGUCUCAGAUUGAUGCGCUAAAGCCUCCACCAGAGUCCCCAGGCAUGGCACAGACUGCCGAAGGCGAGGAACAAGUCGACAAGGAGCUGCUCGAUGAGGCAACAGAGAUGGCCGAACAGCCAAAGGAAAUGACAGAAGAAGAGCAGAUUGCCGCCGUAAAGAAGGCACAAGAGGAAUCUGCGAAUUCUGAAGUGAUGAACAAGCUGCAGUUGACGAGAAAGUACUACCUCGAAGCCCUCAAGUUCAUUGAAGUGAUCCAUGAGGCCUCGGACAUUGCAGUUCAACUCCUCUCAUCGUCAAACAAGACCGAGGUGAUCGAGGUGAUGGAUUAUUUUGUGACUAUCGACGCAUUCAAGGUGGAAACUGCAAGGAAAGGCAUUCGACGCAUGCUUCGACUCAUCUGGACCAAGAGCAACAACGACGAGGGCAAAGGUGUGCAAACUCAUCUGAUCGACAGCUACAAGGGGCUUUUCUUCGACGCCCCAGAGAUAUUCAGCGUAAAUGAUGCAGCCAACUUUGUUGCGCGAAACAUGAUCAGUUUGACAUUCGGAGCCACACCUGCCGAGUUGACGUCGCUCGAACAACUACUCAGCACCAUGUUCAAGGCCGGUCACAUUUCGGAAGUUGUUGUUUCCAAGCUGUGGCAAGUGUAUGGAGUCAAUAAGGGAAUCUCCAAAGCUCAAAGGCGCGGCGCCAUUAUUGUCCUGGGCAUGAUCGCCCUUGCCAAUCCAGAAGUGGUGAUCAAGGAAAUGGACACCAUGCUUCGCGUUGGCCUGGGGCAGCUAGGAAGGGAGGAUUUAGUGUUGGCAAAGUUCACCUGCGUUGCUCUGCGUCGGAUGAUUCCCACGGCCAAAAAGGCGCAGGUGGCAAGUGCUCCUGCUGGUCUGUCAAAGAUGUCCAACGGCCAUGAAGUUCUCAGAAUGCUUGCUUCGAUCUUGUUGACAACUUCCCCCAGCAAAGAUUGGUACGGUAUGGCAGAGCAGGCGGUCGGUGCCAUCUACGUUCUCUCAGACCACCCAGAUGUCUUGUGUUCCGAAGUCCUCCGGCAAAAGACACGGCUAGUGUUUCAGCGAACUCGAGGAAAGACGUCACUGUCAAGGUCGCCAUCACCCGAACCAGACGCCAUGGACGUUGACGAUAUCGAACAAGCUCCGAACGCAGAUCAAGAAAAGGUCGAGCAAGAAGGUGAAGCAACGACAGGAGACAAGCCCUCUAUUGCACUGUCACACUUACUAUUUGCGGUCGGGCAUAUCGCUGUCAAGCAGAUUGUUCAUCUCGAGCUGUGUGAACUUGAAUUCAAACGACGGAAGCAAGAUCAGGAAAAGGACAAGGCUGGGCUGAACCCGUCACCAGAGAAAUCGGUUGGGCCUACACCGGUUCGAAAAAGAAAACCGACAGCAGAAGAAGCGCUUGCCGAAAAGCAGAAAGAAGAAGAGAAGGACGAGCUUGACUUGAUUGGGGGAACUACCGAGGACGAUUUCACGGAAGCCAUUGCGCACAUACGGGAGCGCGAACUCCUGUUUGGAUCGAAUUCUCUGCUUACGAACUUUGGACCUCUGGUGACAGAGAUAUGCGCCAACAAUGCGGCAUACCGGGAUCGAAAUCUUCAAGCUCAGGCGACACUAUGUCUGGCAAAGCUGAUGUGUGUUAGCAGUGAGUAUUGUGAAAAGAAUCUGCCUCUUCUAAUUACAAUUCUCGAGCGGUCAACGGAUCCGAUUGUGCGAUCGAAUGCGGUGAUUGCGCUGGGAGACAUGGCGGUCUGCUUCAAUCAUCUGAUCGACGAGAAUACGGACUUUCUGUAUCGACGACUCAACGACAGCGACGAGAGUGUCAAGCGAACGUGCUUGAUGACGCUCACGUUCUUGAUCCUGGCGGGUCAAGUCAAAGUCAAAGGACAACUGGGAGAAAUGGCCAAGUGUCUGGAGGACGGAGACAAGAGGAUUGCAGACCUCGCACGGAUGUUUUUCACAGAGCUGGCGACCAAAGACAAUGCGGUGUACAAUCAAUUUGUGGAUAUGUUCAGCGUGCUGACACAGGACGGACCGCUGGAAGGAGGUGUUAUGGAAGAAGAGGCUGUCAAGAGAAUCCUCAAAUUCUUGUGUGGUUUCAUUGAAAAGGACAAGCACGCAAAGAACCUGGCGGAGAAGCUUGCCGCUCGUCUUGGACGGUGCGUCAACAAGCGACAAUGGGACGACACAGCAUAUGCAUUGUCACUGCUUCAGCACAAGAAUGAAGAAAUCAACCGAUUGGUUGGGGAAGGGUAUCGGAUGGUGGAGGUGGAGAGUUGAGCUGGGGCAGGGUGAGGGUGGUAUGGUUGACAAUCCCAGUACAUGUAGUGAUGAAGUUAUGAUACAGACGAGGCUACAGUUACGGAGAAGGUGUUUUGAUGGUUGUGUUUGAGACUGUAUAUCAGUAUUCUGCUAGCGGACAGGCUUGGCACAUGAUUCAAGUGAACAAUGACAACUUCCUUGGGGUAGAGUUGCUCUUGACAAC